GCUGCGCUGGGACGAUGGCUACGCCGUGCCCGUGGCCAACGCGGAGAACAGGGCGCUGGAGGAGGAGCUGCAGAAGAUGCAAAAGGAAAAAGUAAACCUGCAGAACCAGCUGACUGACACGGAAGAGCGCACAGCAGCGAUGACGUCUCACUUAAAAAACGUGAGGCAGGAGUUCAGCUUCACGCAGUCUCUUUACAAAGCCAGAGCAAAUGAAAUUGUAACUGAACAACACUUCAAAGCCCUUGCUGAGAGAGAAUGUGGACGUCUCAAAAGUGAGAUUAAACGACUGGAAGAUGAAAUAGUUUUCUUAAGAGAAAAGAAAAACAGUCAAGAAAAUAAUAUAAGCAAAACCACCAAGAAGCUGGAAGACUUAAGACAACAGCUGAACUGUGAUGAGGAAGUUUUGGAGAGUUGGAUAAAGGAAUCAAAUCGUAAAGAUAAUGAUGCUAUGACAAUUCAGAAGUAUGCACAACGAGAUGAGGAGAAACUAGGAGCACUAACGCUCCAAGUAGAAAAGCUGACCAUGCAAGCAAAUCAGAAACACAGAGCUCUUGAUAAUGAGCUUACAGAAACCAUAACAGCUCAGAUAGAGCUUGACAAGACAGCUGAAGAUUUUCGCAGAGUUCAUCGGGAAAGGCAAGAAGUCAUCAGGCAGUGGGAGAAUGCCAUCGAACAGAUGCAAAGAAGAGAUCAACAGAUUGAUCACUGUGCUAUGUUAAUAACAGAGAUAAAACAGGAGAUGCGAGAAAAAGAGACUGUCCUCAAAGAGAAGACCUCCUUUUUGAUCAAUGAAACUGUUAAUAAUGURGAAUAUGAAAAGGCCAUUUCUUCUGCUGAGCGGGAAGCAACUAGCCUCCGAAACGAGUAUCAAAGCCAGGAGACUUACAGAGUUCAGCUGCAGGAUGAGCUGAACACCCUGAAAUGCACUGUGGCAAGAACUACUUCUGAUCUAGAAUCUUCAAGGAUACAAGCAUCCAAUCUGAAAAAGGAAAUUCAGAAUAAACUAUCCAGAUUAGCCUCUCUUAACGAGCAAAAUGCAAGUCUUUCCAAUAAACUGAAGCUUGUGACUGAGAAAACACUGACGUCAGAGGAGAAAGCUUURAGAAUGGAAGAAAUACUAAAGGAAGAAGAGAAAAUUGUCAAGGAAAAAGAAACAGAAAUGAAGCAUUUGAAAGACCUACAUUUCAAGAAAACCCAGGAGUUAAAUGAAGAGAAGGAGAAGGAGAAGAGUGUGGUGGCAGAAAUCGAGGGAAGUCGGACAGCACUUAAAAAUCUUAACAGUCGUCUGCGUAAACUUGAUGCAGACGCAUUAAGACAACAGGAAAUAAUGUAUAAACAGGAUUUUUAUAUUCAGCAAGUUGAGAGACGGCUGUCACGGUUAGAAGGGGAGGUUAAUGUGGAUGAAAAGCAAGUUCUGGAAGCAAAAGUGGCUGAACUUAAGAAAACCUUAGAAGAAAAGAAAAAUACAUAUAAUAUUUUACAUGGACAACACAAGAAACUUCAGAAUGAUCUCCAAUUCAUCAAGAGAGCAAUGGAUAAGACAGGAGAAGAAACAAAUGAUGUGAUGAUCAAGAUCAAUGAACUAAAUCUUUACAAUGAGAAAUCAGAUCAGGAGUUAAAAAAAGCUAAAGCUACCAAGCAGGAGAUGAUGGUUGAAGAAAAUCUCUUAAAACUAGAACUGAAACGUCUUCAAGAUACUCUGUCUAAUAAGGCAGAGAAAGUUCUCACACUGGAAAAAGAAAAACUGAAGUUAAAGACAGCAAUAGCAGAAAGAACGGAAGAAAUUAAGAUUCACAAGGCAAUGAUGGAUUCUCAGAUAAAACUUGUGGAUCAGGAACGUCAACGUGUAAGUGCUGAACUCCAAGACCGCCUGAACAAAAUCGAUAAACUGCGAAGCAGGUAUGAAAUUCUUACUGUUGUCAUGAUGCCACCUGAAGGAGAAGAGGAGAAAACUCAGGCCUACUAUGUAAUUAAGGCUGCACAGGAAAAGGAAACACUUCAGCGUGAAGGUGAUCAUUUAGAUGCAAAGAUCUGCAAAGCUGAAAAAGAAAUUGUAGCUCUGGAAAACACUCUGCGUGUACUUAAUAACUGCAACAGCAAUUACCGAAAUUCUUUCAAGGAAGUUACUGAGACAAGUGAGGAGUUUAAGGAAAAACUGAACCUAGAAGAGGAAAAAAGAGCUGCUGAUGAAAAGUACAGAUACAAACGAAAGCAGAUCAAAGAACUUCAGGAAAAUCUCCAGAGCAUGGAAAAAGGUCUUGCUGUGAUACUGAAGCAGGAAGCCCUUUACCAAGAAGAAAUAAAGGAAAAACAAGCUAUUGUUUUGCAGCUGAAUAAAGACAUAGAAGAACAGAAGCCAAAGUUAGAAAGGGUGAGAAAACAGUGUUCCAGACUAUCCAGAGAAAUUCAGUCUCUAAAGAAAACUAAAACAGAAACACAAGAAGAAAAAGACAUUGAUCUUCGUGAACUGAAAGACUUCAACAGAACCAUCGACAAGCUGUUAGCUGAUAUUCUAGAAGCAAACCCUGAUUUAGCUACAGCCUUUCAAAUGUACUUUCACCAGUCCAAUUUAGAACUUUCUACAAUUUCUUCUGCUGGUGGUAGUCACAGUUCUAGUUCACCAUCAUCACGAAGCUCUCUGGCCUCUAGCAGAUCCUCCAGAAGCACAAGUUCAGCUUCUAGUCAGGCUUCAGCACUUAAAAUCAUAGACCUGAGUUUUUCAGUCAAUGCUUCAGCAGGAGAAGCUGCCAGUGGUUCACAACUGCCUAGAAAAAAGUCUUAA